GAGGGCGGGCUGUUUCUGAGCGUGUUGUUUGCUGACCAAUGAGAGAGAGCGGGAGGAGGGCACUGCGAAGAGAGAAAUCUGUCACAUUGAAACGCACUGCUCUCCCUGUAUGUGUGUGUGCGCGUGUGUGCGCGUGUGUACGUGACAGAGAGACGGAGAUAGAGAGAGAGCGCGAGGGAUGAGAGGAGGAGGAACAGAUAGAAAGAGACAGCAGAGGACCACAACGUGAGGUCAGUUCACCCAUGGAUCAGCAUCCUCGCCAGAAGCCAAAGGGAUUCCACGAGCGCAUCGACCCAACCUCCAUCCCCACGGAGCAGAGCCGGGCGACACAGACGCGCCUCACGCAGCCGUAGAGCAGCGAAGGGCCGGGGAGGCAGGGGGAGGGGGGUCAGAGGUGAAAAAGGUCGUGGACUGACAGAGCCGAGCAAGCGCCCUGAGGCCAAAAGGUCUUUGCUGGGGCGGAGUGUGGAAGGGUUGGGGGGCCGAUCAUCCCGGGGUCCAAGAUGAUGACAUCACAUGUGAAGCUGAGGAGGGAGAAGGGCAGCCUGGCCGAGUACGAGUCGCAGAUGAAAGACCUGCGGGCCCAGCUGACAGACCAGAUCAAGAUUUUAGACUCUCAGGUGGAGGUGAAACAGCAGCAGCUUUCCGACCUCUCAGAGUUCCUCCGGCGCCGAGGCGACAUUGAGGCUGAAUACGCACGUUCCCUCGACAAACUCACUGAGCGAUUCACCCACAAGACAAAGAAGAAGGAGCAGUGGGGUCAGUCAGUGUGUCAGGUCUGGUCUGUUUUGCUGACUCAGACUCGUCUGGAGAGCCGGGAACAUGCAGCCCUGGGAGACACCUGCUGCAACACACUCACACAGCGGUUGGCUCACAGCACGGAGGAUACACACCGGCUGCACAAAAGGAGCAAAGAAGUUGGCAUCCAGAUGCAGGAUGAGCUGCUGAAGGUCACCACCGAAAUGCAGACGGCUCUCAAGACGUACAACCAGUACCACACGGACUGCCUGAUAGCCGAAGGGAAGCUGAAGGAAGCCGAGCGGUUGGAGGAAAGACAAACCGGCAAGUCGGCCGAGCUCGGCCCCGGCCCACUGGGAGGGCAGAGGCGCAGCUCGGUCAAGAAGAUGGAGAGAUUGAUGGAGAAAAGACACGGCAGAGUGCAGGAGAACCAGCUGAAGUGCACCAAGGCCCGUAACGACUACCUGCUGAACCUUGCAGCGGCCAACGCAGCCAUGAACAAGUACUACCUGCAGGACAUCAGCACGCUCAUCGACUGCUGCGACUUGGGUUUCCAUCUGUCGGUGGAGAGGGUGAUGAACUCCUACCUGGUCAGCAAGGGGCGGAUCCAGAAGACAGAGGAGGCGGCCCUGAAGCAGCUGGAAGCUGCUGUGACGUCCCUGGACCCCGGCGGAGACAGAGAUGCGCUGCUGCAGCAACACGACGCUGCCUUCUGUCUGCCGUUCAGAUUCAGCUACCAUCCGCACGAGGGAGACCAGGUGUGCGAGGUGAGUGCGGAGAGCCAGGUCAGAUACGAACUUGAGACCAGGUACCAGCAGCUUCAGUCACGACUUGCUGCCGUUACCUUGGAAACAGAGGAGGUCAGUAAAACGCUGAAAGCCACACUCGCAGCCCUCUUGGAGAAUAUGUGUGAAAGCGACAGUAACCCCUCCCCCGACGUGCCUAGCAGCCUAUCGCACGAGCCGCCUGUAGGAACCUCCGCCCCAAAACUUAUGCUCGCCAAGCGCCGAGCCAAUCAGCAGGAGACAGAGACUUACUACUUUACAAAAGUGAAAGACUUCCUCGUCAGCAGCUCUCUGACCUUCAAACUUCAAGCCAAACACGACCUUCUACAAGAUGCCAUACAGAAAGCCGAGGCUGUGGACACUGACCCCUCCAGAAUGCAAUGUGCUCGGUCAGUGCGCGUUUGGAAGUCCAGACCUGUUUCCCAAUUCUGCCACACACUCUUCACCACAGACAUACUCUCCUACAUACAGAGCUCUGGGCAGCAGAUCCCUGUGGUGGUUGAGAGCUGCAUCCGAUUCAUCAACCUUCACGGUCUCCACCAUGAAGGUAUAUUUAGAGUUCCUGGGUCACAGAGGGAGGUUAACCACAUCAGAGAUGCCUUUGAGAGAGGAGAGGAUCCUCUGUCGGACAGUGAGUGUGACCUGGACUCUGUGGCCGGUGUGUUGAAGCUUUACUUUCGAGGCCUCGAGCCUCCUCUCUUCCCCUACGACAGCUACUCUAAGCUGCUGGAGUGUGUCCAAAUCGAGGAGGUGGCGGAGAAAGACGCCCAGAUUAAGGCGAUCAUAUCCACCUUCCCGCGGCCUCUCCUCAUCGUGAUGCGCUACCUUUUCGCUUUUCUCAAUCAUGUGACUCAGUAUAGCGAUGAGAACAUGAUGCAGCCAUACAACCUGGCCGUUUGCUUUGGGCCGAGCCUGCUGAGGGGGUUGGACUCUGAUGACGCUGUUGCCAGACAGCCGCAGGUCAACGAUCUUGUCAAAACCAUGAUCCUGCAGCAUGACAGUAUCUACCCCAGCCAAUCGGAGUUGCCGGGCCCCGUCUACGAGAAGCACAUGACUCUGGAGCAGGAGUACUGUGAACCGAUCACAGAGGAGGGAGAAGGGGAGACCGAGCAUCUGCCCAGUGAGGACGAGUGGGAGGCGGUGGCUAUGUUUGACUACUCAGCGAGAUCUCCAGCAGAGCUGUCCUUCAAGCAGGGGGAGCUUCUCAUCCUCCACAGCAAGGCCUCCUGUGAUUGGUGGAGAGGCGAAGUGGGAGGGGUUAAGGGUCUUAUCCCUCACAAGUACAUCAGCGUGCUGGAAGGAUCAGAGCGGGGGAAAAGAGAGGAUAGAGAAGGCGGGGGCAGUACUGGGAGCCUGACAACAGAUGAUCCACAGACUGAGAGCACAACCCGGAUGCGGGUGAACAGCGACAGUGCCUCGUUGCCUGGGAGACAGAGAGGAAGCGAGGGGAGCCCCAGUCAAAAGCCGCCGACGUCUCCCGCCGCGCGACACCUGCCAGUGUCUCAGGAGCGAAGACACACGUUGGACACUGUGAGACAGGGCAGCUUCCGACCCCCUGACAGACCAGCGGUCGACAAGGACAUGAUCAGCCGUCAGAUGAACUCGGUCUUCAAGGAACUGCUAUCUCGGCAACCUUCCGUGCCGCCGCCCGGCCUCCCCUCCGCUGCCGCCCCGGCUCCCUCUUCCUCCUCCUCAUCCUCUCUUCCUCAAGCUGCCCCCACUGCCAAAAAAGUAGGAUUCGGCCUCAGAGGACGGACCCUUUUCCGGCCGGUGGACUAGGAGAGGGGAGAGAGUUGGAAUAGCGGCUUCAUUGUUAAACGUCAGCUGAUUGUGCUGAUGCCGAUAGUUCAUUUGUUGAAGAUGUUGAUUUAUUUUUAUUGACAUGUGUAUGAUAUUUGCCAAGCUGCCAUCUCAUAGUGCCACUAGUGUCGGUGCCGUGUACCUGUGCGUCCAGUGUGUCUGUUCUCCAGCUGCUUUUAGGUUCCGGUCACUUUUUUGUUUUCCAGGCAUUUGUGAUUUUUUUAUUUUUUAUUUUUAUUUUGAAGAACCAGGGAUGUGACUUUACCAGACUGACUUUUUAAAGUGGUUGGCAUCAUACCAAGAGCAGCAACAAAGUACUUAAGCCGCUUCCUAGUGGCAGGUUCUGAGAUCAGCUCUCCUUCACUGAUAAAAAAGAAUCCUUAUCCGGGCCCGAGUGCCUUUGCCUAUUUUCCUUUCACAGUUAAUUCACUUGAAAAGAUCCAGUAGGUUUGACCUCUAUUAUGUUAAAAAAAAAUCUUGUGUUCAAUAUUAAAUAAGACAAUAUGCAGUCAGACAUACCGUAUAUGAAUAAACUGUCAAACACAUAAAAUUAUCCUUUACUAAAUCAAACUUUAAAAAAACUAAAUUGAAUUAGAUAUCAUUCUUUAUAGGCAUGUUUAUGUCAAAUAAAUGGGGAGAGUUUCCCGAUGACACUGGCGUGUCAUUUUCAGCUCAGCUACUGCUACCCAAGGCUGCUGGUUUGCACCUGUUAGUUAACGUCUGUAGCUUCUAAGUCUUAGCUUAACUAGCCGGAGUUUGGAUUGUUACGCAUUUGUUUCAAGUUUUCUGUUUUGAAAAGUGAAAUUCAUUUUUGUUAAAGGGAAAUUAAUGAAACAACGACACAUGAUAUAAGAGUGUAAUUGGGAAAACCGGCUGAUUUUGAAAGAAAGAAAAAGGUUCUCAUUUGAAUGGGUAAUUUAUGGGGAAAAAACACAAUUAAUUACAAUCAUAUAUAAUAAUGGUAAUUUAGUAUUACAUUAUGAUUGCUUCAUGUAUAGACAGAUUAUUCAGGUGAAUAUUUAUUUCCCAAAAAUUCAUUUAUUUAAUAUUGAACAUUUUGGCGCCCCAUAGAUGCUAGCAGGUGGUCCAGUACUAAUAGCUGUAUGCAUCCUUAAAACGCUCACACAAAUACCAACACAAACACGCACGUGUACACAAAGACCGAAAACGCAUUCCCCUUCAUAUGUGAAACGUGGCCUGAUCCGCAGGCCUCAACUCAGGGCUUUUUGCAGAGUCAGAGCCGACUCAGGUCGGGCUUCAAAGGGCACAAGUGGGACGUUCUACCCUCAGGGCUUUUGGUUGACUCGCUCUUCAACUGGAAACACGUGCCCCAGAGAGCCAAACAAUGGCCCCCGCAGGGCAGGAUCCAGACACUUCCUCUGGUUUAAACUGUGAAUGCAACGGCCGACGUUUCUUGUCGCCGCCGUGGAAUCUCUCGUCUCAUUUCGGCCCCACUCUGGAUCUCUACACACAGCACGGCCCACCGGUCCCAUGGUGUCAGGAUGUUGGCAGUGAAGUGUACGUUUACUUUGAUUCUGAAAGCAUCCCCCCCCCCUGUUGUGUUUCAGUUUUGGAAACAUAGAAGUAGAAUACUUUUUUUUUUAAUGGAUUCUUCCUUAAAGAUUAAAUAACAUGUUAUUCUGGAUUAAUGUUUGAUGAUGUCACUGAAUUUGCUGUGUCCAAUUGUAUAUGUGGUUAAAAAAAAACCUGAAUUCAAUAAAAAUGGUAAUGAAUGAUUAA